AUGACUUCCGAACGAUUCUCUUCAGGUCCCUUGUGGGCAGCAAAGCUCAACCUCCGUCUCCUCUCCAUCUCGUUCGACGUCGUCCUCCUAAUCACGCUUCUCACACUCAUCGCCGGCUCCUCUCCCGAUGCGACAACCAUCAUCCUCUUUGGACCUCUUACAUGUAUGGCGUUUGCGUGGAGUUUCAUCGACGCAAUCUACCUCUGCACGCGCAACCGUCGUGGUCACGAGCCCGUUACCCGCAUCAAGUUUGACCUAGUCUUGUGCUUGGCGUUUGUGAUUGCGUCGUCAUUGAUUGGAUAUCUUGGCACCACGGAUCAUGCUGUGCCGACUCUGGACCAGACCACGGACGAGCCUCACCUUGCAACGCGGGCUUUGUUCUGCUUUGGUAUUGCUCAAGUGUUCGUUCAUUCGCUACUGUUCGUCAUAGCCCAUCAAGAAUGGAAGGCCUCGACCAACGAGUUUCAGAUCAGCAGCACUUCCUCUGUCGAUGAUCCUCUUCCGGCUUCAACUUGGACAGUACCAUCACCAAAGUCUGGACCUGGUCGGAGAGAAAUCGUGGUUCUAAGAGAUGAGGAAGAGGGCCUUUUGGCAGACGCAUCACGACCAUCUAGCGGGUAG